AUGAUCUCCAUUCCCAUUUUGCUUUCAUUUAUUCUCACAUUGACUGUAUUGAUCACUUCAUUGGCCGGUACAGCCAACAGCAUUAUGUUAGGUACAAAAAAAAAGACCAGCCGCCUUGUGUUCGCGCAUUUCAUGAUUGGAGCGACCCAUAACCGGAAAAGUGCGUCUGAAUAUGACGAGGACAUGCGGAUUGCAAAAUCACUUGGAAUCGACGCCUUUGCUUUGAAUAUUGGGACGGACCCGUACACAAAGCAGCAGCUCGAGCUUGCCUAUGAGUCUGCAGCGCAGAAUUUGAUGAAAGUCUUUAUUUCCUUUGACUUCAACUGGUGGCAAACGGACCGAACCACCGAGAUCGGCCAUACAAUUGCUCGGUUUGCUGCUAGACCUGCUCAGCUAAUGGUGGACAACAAAGUGUUUGUAUCGACCUUUGCAGGUGACGGUUUAGACGUGGCAGCAUUAAGGAUAGCAGCUGGAGUUCCGAUCUUCUUUGCUCCUAAUUUUCACCCGGCUUUUGGGACCGACACCACCUCCGUUGACGGCCUCUUCAACUGGAUGGCUUGGCCCCACAACGGAGGUAACAAAGCACCAACACGUCAUAGCAAUAUUUCUGUUGCGGAUGGAGAUCAAGUCUACAUCAAUGUCCUUGCAGGGCGUGCUUACGUAGCCCCGGUGUCACCGUGGUUCUUCACCCACUUUGGACCAGAGGUACCAUACAGCAAGAACUGGAUAUUCCCUUCAGAUUUGCUAUGGUAUAAUCGAUGGCAUGAAAUAUUGACCAUGCGGCCUCGUUUCAUUGAAAUUGUGACAUGGAAUGACUAUGGCGAGUCCCACUAUACUGGGCCCUUGCAUUCUCCCCACACUGAUGAUGGAGCUUCAAAGUGGGUCAACGAUAUGCCACAUGACGGAUGGUUAGAGAUGGCAAAGCCAUUUAUCGCAGCAUUCAAAGCAGGCGCAUCUUCUCCGGAUAAAUACAUCACUUCUGACCGAUUGAUCUACUGGUACCGCCCUGCACUGCGGAAUCAGAACUGCGACGUAACAGAUACGUGCGUUGCUCCCGCUGUUAACAGUAGCGGGAAUUACUUUUUAGGGCGACCUGACGGUUGGCAAUCCGUGCAUGACUCUGUAUUCGUGGUCGCGUUACUCCGAAGCCCCGCAUUGGUGCAGAUCAACUCCGGUGGCAGGCUGUACCAUUACAAUGCUCCAGCAGGUGCCUUUGCCCAAGCGGUACCAAUGCAUCCUGGAGACCAAUCGUUCUCGGUUUAUCGCAAUGGAAAGACAAUUCUAGAGGGAACCAGUCUAAAACAGAUCAUCAAUGGCUGUGUCUGUGGUCUAUAUAAUUUUAACGCUUAUGGUAAGACCUCGGCGAAUAGGCCAAUUAUUCGAAAUUCUAGCGCUCUUUUUAACGUGUCAAUUGCAGUUGGAAGUCUCCCACCAACACUUAAAAGCUCUCUACAACCGGACGGCCUGAUAUCCUUUUCUCAUGGAUUGCAAGUUCAAACUUGCGAGGCCAUCCCUUCACUAAGAAGCUUGGCUCACCCUCCAUCCACCUCUUCAACAAAUAAUAUGCCCACAGAGCAGACUUGUAUCACAAGCAAUCUCUGGGGUGCUUUAUCGACUGUCUAUGCUAUUUCAUCAACAAGCAGCAUAUAG